AUGUUCACCAACAAUGUUGAACUGGAGAACUUGUUACUAUACGCGAAUUUCUUGAGAGAUAUACCAGCAAAUCUAUUCUCAACAAAUACGAAAUUACGAAGAGUUUUAAUCCAGUCAAAUAAUUUGAAAACUCUGCCAAAUAAUAUGCUGAACAAGUCACCGAAUAUCGAAGUAUUGAGUAUAGCGAAUAACAAAUUUGAGGUGAUUUUGCCGAGUUUUGGAAUUCAACACCUUGAAAACCUCAACACGUUGCUUGUCUCUGAUAAUCCGUUCCAGUGUGGGUGUGAUCUAGUUUGGUUCAGAAAUUGGCUGAAUUCAACAGAUGUCUCGGUCGACACUGCAGCGACAUUUUGCUCAUCUGGCAAUCCUGUUAUGCUGUUCAAUCCCAAGGAGCUGAGAUGCAAAUUUCCGAUAGUCAUGGUUGUAUCACUCACUGUAUGUGGUGUUGUAGCCGUCGUUGCGUUAAUCACGGCGGCAGUCACAAACCGUUGGAGAAUAAGGUAA